AUGGAGAAGAUGAGAGCUUUGGGUUUUGCAAGGUCGAUUUUGUCAAGAAAUGUUUUGCUUAAUCUCUACUAUCAAACACAGAACUAUGACAAAUUGGAAAAUUUGGUAUGUGAAAUGCAAGAGGGUAUUAAUUUCAAUAGCUAUACAUUUGGUACUCUGAUUAGUGCUUUCGCUGCCACUUCUAAAGCAGAGGGAAUUGACAAGCUUCUCACACAGUUAGAACAUAAUCGGAUUCAGUACUGGCAUUUAGAUUGUACUGUUUAUGCUAUUGCAGCCAAUUGUUAUAGGAAACAAGGACUCUUUGAUAAAGCUUUUAGGGAUUUGGCAAUAUAUGAUUGA